AUGGAAUAUGACCCAUCUUCUGACUCUAACUGGUUGAAUGCCAUGAUUCCCACUCUGGAGAUCACUACUAUAGAUGAGCAACUGAGGCCCAGCAGGUACAAUGGUUUCCCCAAGGUUGUGCAGAGAACCUUUAUCAAACUGGCUGAUCAUUUGUGGAAGAGGCAUUGCCAGAGAGAAUUUAAAACCGAGCAGCACCAGGAUGAAGAAUCAUGGCGUGAAAUGUACUUUAGGCUUUUUGGUCAGAGAGAGCAAAACUUGAAGACCCUCACAAAGAGCAUCGUUUUGUCGCAGUCUGAAAAGCCCAAAGGGUGUCAGAUCAAAAUGGCCUAUGUUCAGGGUGUGGCAAAGCCUCCUAGAGAACUCAGGGGUCAUCCAGAGAGCUGCAGUCCAUCUACAAUUCCUUUUAACAGACUCAGCAAAAGAAAGCUUGCAAAUGAAGAGAGAAAUGAUUCAGGAAGUGGUAGUGUGGCAGCAGCAAAUACCAGUUUUUCAGGGGGAUCACAGCAAGAUGCAAAAAGGGUGAAAAAAAUUGCUCCUGUGAUGGCCAAAUCCCUGAAGACAUUUAAGAACCACAUUGGACCGUGGCAGAGCCGAUUCUGAAUGACAGAAGUGCUAAUCUAUGAACUGGAUUAGAAUUUCUAAUCUGGUAGAAAGGGAGUAUAACCUUGUUAAUUUUGUUUGUUCAUGUUAGCCACCUCAAGGAUCAAUACAUAAAAUAUGAUUUAAGCAAAGGAGGUUGCCAGUAGAUAAAAUUUUCUCUUGGACUCUCACAAUGCUACUUUGUAGUAGAGUGAUCAAGAGAUGAGAUAGAGACUAUAAUGAGAUUGUACCAUUUCAUGCUGCAAUUUUUCUGUUGCUAAUAAAUUCUCAAAUUCA